AUGUGGCUGGAUGAAUCUAAGGCUGAAUGUGGUCCUGAGCCUCUUCAGCACAGUGUAGAAGGAUCGUCUAUGAUAGCUUUCAGCUUCCCUCUUAUCCUCUUCUCAGUCACUUCCUCCUCCAUGUCCAGUUCCAUCCCUACCACAGACCUGGCCUUCCUCACCAACUUGUUCAGUUUAUUGGCACCACAAGUCCCAAUGCCACCUCCACAGCACACCACAGUAAAGAAGAUAACUCUGGCCACUGCAGACUGGUGUAAGAUCACCAGGACUACAGCAGCCUUACUUGGGUCAUGUGAUCCCAGCAUGGGAGAGAGACUCCCUGUGGGGUAUAUGCACUGUGUAUUAUGUGUGCUUGUGUGUUUUGCACAGCAGAAAAAGGAUAAUCAUUUUAAUGGAAAAAAAAAACAAAACCAACAACAACAAAAAAACACACCUUACAGCUGGCAGCCAUGUUGUUCCCAAGGCAACCCAAAGCUUAUCCUGGUUGGUCUUGUAAGAAGAAGAGAGCGUGAAACAGAAAGACAGGGGAGGAUCACCUGGUCUGACAGAAUGGGUUAUGAGUCGGAGCGUUUUGUGGGCUACGUGAACGAAGGAUUGCUGUGCUGUGUGUGUCGUGACGUAUUGGAGGAUCCUGUGCAGGCUCCGUGUGAGCACGCUUUCUGCAGGACCUGCAUUCACGCCUGGCUUGGGAACCAUCGGAACUGCCCCGAGGACCGGCUCCCCCUUAGCAGCGCAAACCUGCGGCCGCUCCACAGAUACAUGCGGAAUGACUUGGCGAGGCUCCAGGUGAAGUGCAUGUAUCGCUCACAAGGAUGUGAGGUCAUCUGUGCGUUGGAGUCCAUUCAUCGGCAUGAGGAACAGUGUGACUUUGCUCUGUAUAAUUGUAGCAGUGCUGGGGAGGAAUACUUGUGUUACUGCUGUGGUUGUCCAGUGCGAGUGUCUCAGCAUUCUCUGGAAGCACACUUGUGUGUCUGUGAGUACCGCAGCAGAGUGUGUGCAAGUGGGUGUGGAUACACACUGUCAAAGGCAGACGAGGCUCAGCACAACUGCAUCUCUGAACUCCGAGCUGAGCUGGACUUGCUGAGGACUGAACUGGAUUGUAAGGUUGUGGAAGUGAGACGUGAGAUGGAGUCCCGGCUGGAUUCUCAGAGGAGACACAUGGUGCAAAAGGAGAACCUACUGAAAAACGAGGUGGAUGAGCUCAAGGGCCAACUGUCCCGUGUGGUGUCGGACGUGUGUGCAUUAUUGGGAGCAGAGCAAACUCGCUGGAAAGAGCUGCAGAGGGUGGAGCUUGAGAAAGCAGAGCUUCUGGAACGUAUGAAGAAUGAGGUUCUUAAACCAGGCACGGCCACACAAACAGCGACGCGUCACAACGAGGAGCAUCGCAAGCAAAAUCCACAUGGCCCAACAUUAGACUGCCUCAAGAAGAAGAGCAGAGACGUCACGGUUCUCUGAACACCAGCACACACGACUGCAUAGCUGUUCGAGGGCCUGCUAACUGCCAGAUUCUCCUGGUGCAGAUACAUGCUGCUAACCAACUACAGUCCCCUGCAAAAGUAUUGGAACAGCAAGACCAAUUCUUUUGUUUUUGUUAAACACUGGGUUUGAGACGAUAUAUGAGAAUUUCAGCUUUCAUUUCCUGAUAUUUACAUUUAGAUGUGUUAAACGACUUACAACACGGAACCUUUGGUGGCAGACCACCCAAUGUUUAGGUGAGCAAAACUAUUGGAAGAGAUAGUCUUAAAGUAAAUAACACUUAAUAUUUGGUUGCAUAACCCUUACUUGCAAUAAAUGCAUCAAGCCAGCAACCCACAGUCAUCACCAAACUGUUACUUCUUCUUUUGUGAUGCUUUUCCAGGUUUGUACCACAGCUUCUUUCACAUGUACACCCAGGGCUCAAGAGUAGACAUUCAGUGCUGUUCAUUGUUUAAACAAUCAAUUUAACAUGGUUCACCUGGACAACAAGAAACACCUGUCGGUCAACAUGUUCCAAUACUUCUGAUCACUCGAAAAAUGGGUGGGUUCAAACAAAAAGUGGCAAAAACUAAAAUAAUUGUUUAACACAUCUCAUUCAUCUUCUGAUCUCAAACUUAUAUGUCUUCAGUGCACGGCGAAAACAAGAAUUGGCCUUGUCGUUUCAAUACUUUCAGAGGGGACUGUAUGGUUCAAUACUCCAGUGGUGUUCAUAUUAUCUGAGCAGUUUUCUAAAUGAUUUUCCAAAACAAAUUAAAUAAUUAGGAACCUUCACAUAUUUUCACAAUGAUUUAUUUCACAUUAUUUGUCUAUUUUCUCAAACUGGCUCACAAUAAAAUACUUUGCAAAGGAUCCAUCACAAUGUCUUUCUUGGAAAACAGCACUUCCUAGCAAAGAGCUCCAUAUAAAAAUGUACGCUUUUAAACUGCUGAAAUUCAAAUGUCCGCUUUAAAAGAUAUUAAACACAAGUGGAUAUUCACAGAAUUUUAAUCAGUUUUUGACACGCACAUAAAAAACAAA